UCAUCCUAACAAGACCAUUAUAGAUAGGAGGGCUUCUUUUGUCUGUCUCCUCUGAAGUAGCUCUAUAAAUGCCCCUCUUUUCAGUCUGACUGUGCAGUUCAUUCACAGCUCGCCUUGGGUACCUGGAGGCAAGAGAGAAAGAGAACUACUGUAGCUAAUAGAGAAAGGAGGGAGCACAUCUACACUGCUGAGCUCUCAGAAAGCCCUCCAUAGACUUGUGCAUUUGGAUCUCUUCCUCAGAGAAGUUUGCAUGAAGAGAAGUCUCUAUUUAAGCCCAAUAAGCUCUGUACAAUGAAUUCUGACUCUAGCUCAAUGUCCAGCAGAGCCUCCUCUCCAGACAUGGAUGAGAUGUAUCUCAGAGGUCACCACCACCACCACCAUCAUCAUCACCACCACCCGGACAACCUACUCAACUCAGUCUCCUCCACUCAGAACGAUCUCAUGCAGAAGAUGACAGAUGAAGUCCUCUCCAGACACAACAAGGGAGAUGCAGAGAGCGCCAAAUACAAAAUCAAGAAACAACUAACUGAUCAGGACGUUCAGCAGCUCAGGCUAAAAAUCAAUGGCCGGGAGCGCAAAAGGAUGCACGACCUGAACCUUGCCAUGGAUGGCUUGAGGGAAGUCAUGCCCUAUGCCCAUGGGCCAUCAGUAAGGAAACUUUCCAAAAUCGCCACCUUGCUGCUUGCCAGAAACUAUAUCCUCAUGCUGACAAGCUCCUUGGAGGAGAUGAAAAGACUUGUGGGUGAGAUCUAUGGGGGUCACCAUUCAGCAUUUCACUGUGGGACAAUGGGGCAUUCUGCCACUCACCCAGUCCACCCAUCCAACACGGUCCACCAGGUGCAUCCCAUCUUGGGCACCGCACUGGCACCCAACAACUCCUCUAGCCUUUCUGCCGGUUUACCAGGGAUUGGCAGCAUCAGACCAGCGCACUCACUGCUGAAAACCCCCACCGCCCCUCCAAUGCCCCUUGGCACUGGCUUCCAGCACUGGGCAGGUCUCCCAUGCCCCUGCACUAUUUGUCAGAUGCCACCACCACCCCAGCUAUCUGCCCUCUCAAGCCAUUUGAGUAGGAUGUCUGCAGAAGCCAAGGACUUACUGAAGUAGUGUCAGCUGUACAGAGACUCCCCAUUCAGAUGAAUGACAUAUAUAAGAAUAUAUAAAUAUAAAUAUAUAUAUAUAUACGUAUAUAUUUGUGGUGAUGCAGGAAGACUCAGACAAGCAUCUCUGUUUGCAUGCAUGCUUCUUUUAUUUUCUAUACCACUGUUCAGUUAUCAUCCUCAGUUCUGUUAUCAAUGAUCAUCAAGGUAAAGGUAAUUUGGACAAUUGUAAUAUUGCUGUAUAUGUACAAUUGAUGUCAUCAUAAGAUCAUAUGGUGAGAUGUUGGACAAGUUUUCUAUGUUAUCCAUCCCAUCUUUGCAGGACUAUGACAUAACUGUAUAUUUAAUUUGUACCAGAGAACUGAAAAUAAGGCAUGCAUGCUAGGAGCUAGUCUUGUGGGUACAUUUGCCUGGCUACCAUGCAAUUUUCCUUGUAACAAGGAUUUUUUUUUUAUUAGUGAAUUCUUUGAAAUCCAAGGAGUGUCUAAUUAACUUUGUACAUUAUAGAAAAAGGCUGGACUGUAAGCAGCGUGUGUCCCCAGGUUUAGUAUAUUUCCUUACUGGUGUCCAGUAUGAAGUUGUCACUAAGGACUGCCCAGGUCCUCCUUGUCAUCAAUGCAGAGAACUAGUCCCAAUAUUCACCACUGCAGAGCUGAUCGUCUACUCACGAAUAUGGACGUGUAUUGCCCAUUGAUUUAAACGAUCUUGUCCUGUUUGUUUGUUUCCUUUUUCGUUAUUUUUUUAGUUCCUGGGCAUUUGCUUCAAACUAUUUUGUUAGGCCUCAAAGAGAGCUUGUGUCUUUAUUUUUUUAUAUUCUUGAUAAGUAUCAAAAUAUUUAUUAUGAUCCAACUUUGUUUCAAAUAAAAAAAAAACAUAUUUGGAAUUUA